GCGAAAGUCGAAAAAGCAUAUAUUUUUUUUCCUGUGAUAUUCUGUUUCGUGAAAGCGGAUUCUUUCUAAAUUGAUAAUGCCAGCACGACGAAGUGAAAGGAUUGCGGCACGUGGGGAUGCUAAUGGUAGCCCAACAAACGAGUCCAACACGGGACCUGUGGGAAGAGUUCGCCGUGGUACGAACUCAAGGGACCAGUCCGAUAGACCACGUGGUGGCCGUGCAGCCCCCAGGGGCAGGCGAACUAUUGUUCGUCCUGAAAUUCGUUUUUCGACACCGACAAUGGACGAAAGACAACGUGCGAGAAUCGAGGCUAUGGCUGCGAUAGCUGCUGGUACAGAUUCUGAGGAUACUGAAGGAUCUGCCGAAGAAGUCCGCUCUCAAUCAUUCUUUGCUGUUUCUGUUUUUUUGACUGCCCGACUGGGAACUCCUGGUCGUCGAGCAACUAGUACACCAGCCGCUGUCCCGUCACGUCGUGGCCGCAGGACGGUUUCAAUUUCAGUAGCUACACCUUCGAAUCCGCCUGUUCGGGCCACUGUAAUACGCCAAGGUUCACAGAUGCACCUAACCAGAGGUCUACCAACUGUGACUGAAAAUGUGCCAAUGGACGAAACUUUUGACACUGAGUCGUUGCAAAGCAACUCUCUGGUGCUAAGACUUUUUCGCAUCGAAUCCGGAAUACCCACCCAAGGUGAUCCCCUCACCAUCACUAGGCUCCGUCGAGAGAUCUCAGAGUUCUCAACCGAUCAAACGGAAGGGUGUAAGGCGGAGAUGGUGGGCGACAAUCUGUUCCACUGGGUAGCCACGAUCCCAGGUCCCUCGGAAACAGUUUACGAAGGUGGGCGUUUUAGAGUGGAGAUAGUCUUUCCCAGGAACUAUCCAUUUUAUCCCCCCUAUCUUGCGUUUUUAACCAAGACUUACCACUGCAACAUCGCUUUAUCUGGGCGCAUUUGCCUGGAUAUUCUCGGCUCGAAGUGGUCGCCAGCUUUGUCGGUUUCCAAGGUACUUAUAUCCAUAAUGUCAUUGCUGGCAGACCCGAAUCCACACGAUCCUAUGGAGGUAUCCGUAGCAGAUGUUUUCAAGGGAAACCGUGCCCUCCACGACAAGAAUGCACGCGAAUGGACCAAAAAAUAUGCCAAGUGAAGAAUGAAAUCUAAUUGAAUAUAUUCUUCAAAUAAAUUUAUUGGAUGUUUUUGUGCCAGC